AUGACGCUCUUUCCUCGUCGACAAGCAACUCUGCCCUGUCGACAAUACGAGCCCAGCACCAUGACGACAAUGAGAGGCCUCUUCUGUCUUCUUGUUGUGGCUGCGUCCGUGCUUCCUGAGCCUGUAGUCGGUCAACAACAGCAACUGGACCGUAAUUCUUAUGUUCCUUACCCUCAUUCCGCAGACGAACUGUUACUCGAGGAGGUCGCCACAAUUGGGUCACCCUUGGCACUGGAAGUGGUGACCAAUGUGGCUCAUCCCGAGCAGUCGAACCAAGUUUGGCAACUCCUGAAGGGAGUUGUUCGUCGCAUGCAUAAUCAAAAUCAAAUAUUCAUGAGCUCAAACCAUGGACGGUACUGUGUCAUCCCAGCUGAAGCGAGCGAGGAUCCGGAAAAGAAUUCACGCGGAAAGCUCCUUGUGGAAGAAACACUUCGACGAAUUUGUUUUAUUCAACUCUAUCAUGGCAGUGAUUUGCGGUUUUGGGAAUAUAUGGAACAUUUUGACUCGUUUGGAUGCCACGAUGCAGCCGAUAUGGCCACAUGCUCAUCACGUGCACUGGGUGCUAUUCCUCGGGUUGAAUACCGAGCCAUUGAAAAUUGCAUGCACACGGCAGGAGGCCUCGAAGGAGAUAGUGUCAAUAUUCACCUCAAGACCCACAUGGACCGACAAUUCAAAAGGACCUUCCCUUACAGCAGUGUCGAUGUCCCCUUUGUUCGAUUUGGCGAGCAAAAGUAUACCGGUGUGAAAGAUACCAAGCACAUAUUGGAAUGGAUCUGCAACACCUUUGAACUCAAAAAGGGUGUCACACCGGUUGCUUGCACGUUUUGUUCCCAUUGCCUUGCGGUAGAGGCAUGCCUGUGGUAUUUAGAUUGUGAUGGGACACCCUUUACAGUGGAGGCAUUUCAAUCAACGGCUGCGACAACAGCUGUACCCGCAAUAGACAUGGAACCUGCCACCACAAUGGUAACACAGCCUGCCGGACAAGAAGCUGCAGCAGUGACAUCGUCGGAGCCUGUUGAAGCGGCACCCGGUGAUGAAACAACGGAAAUUGGCCCCCUAUCAGCUACCACUGUCAGUGCUACAACUGCGGCGCCUGAACCGCAACAAACAUCAGCCGUUAUUGGAGACCUGGCUCCCAGCGAUUUCGCCAAUGGAGAAACUUUCAUUCCAUUCACUCACGCACCUUCUACAACAUCUCCUGCCUCGGCUCCUGUCGACUUGAAUUAUGAAGUCUCGACAACGACCUCCUCUCAUGCCGACACAAGUGAUUACCACAAAGACAAGGACUCUCUCUACAAACAGGAGGCUACUGCAGAUUAUGUACUUCCUGUUAUUAUUGUGGUUUCCUUGCUCUCGGUGUACUUCAUUCUGUCUUACUGCUUCAAAAGUUACAAGAACCGGAAAAAGAACGAGCGGCAACGAACUGCUGAAGCCUACUUUGAUGACCUCUUAGAAGCGUCGUAUGCCGACAACUUGGCAGUCAGUGGUAGAAUUGACGAGGACAAAUCCGAUCGUGACUUUGAAGACGCCGGGCUCGACGAGUCGUAUCGGUAUCCCGAUGAGGUUGAUUACAGCAGAAACAUUCGACAAGGCAGAGAAUCCUCGAGUUCCGACGAUGAAGAAAGCGAGGGCAGUUCAGCUCGUCUCAGUGCAACCAGAGAACCACCUAAGCCGCCACCGUUGUACUCGUUCAAGGUCCAUCAGGUUUUGGGAUAG